AUUCGGCUGAUCUCUUGCCACGUGUGUGGAAUGAUUGCCCCUGCGUUGUUUUCAGGUGUUGUAAAACAGGUUCUUUCGGGUGACAGCAUCGUUAUCCGUGAUCGACCUGUCGAUGGCCCUCCGCCAGAGAGAACUAUUGUCCUCUCAAAUAUUUCUUGCGGUCGUGUCGCUCGUAGACCUACUCCCAAUAAUCCAUCCGGCGGAAUUGAGGACCCUUUUGCCUGGCAGGCGCGCGAGUUCGUGCGGUCGAGACUCGUUGGCAAAGAGGUUUGUUACACUGUGGAUACGGAGCUCCCCACUGGACGAAAGUAUGGUUGUGUCUACUUAGGUAAAUCAACUGCUGGUGAAAAUAUUGCACGUUCCCUGGUCGAGGCAGGUCUCGCCGAAGUCCGCAGACUCAACGCAGCACUUGCGGAGAAGAAUCCGCAGUACCAGGAGCUUUUGGCGGCAGAGGAGGCAGCCAAGUCUACUGGUAGAGGCAAGUGGUCACCGGAGCCCACUGGAGCCGUUCGCGAAGUUAUAUGGAACAUCGAAGAUCCUAGAGCAUUCAUCGAUGCACACAAGGGACAACGAAUUCCGGGAGUUGUUGAAUACGUUAGGGAUGGAAGUUCACUGCAAGUCACGCUGUUGCCGGGUCCAUCUACUCCACCACAUUUGUAUUAUAAUGUAAUGCUAUCGCUCUCUGGGAUAAAGGCUCCGACUAUCCGGUUUGAGGAUGGCAAGCAGGUAGCUGAGCCGUUUGGUCUCGAUGCCCAGUUCUUCGUGGAAUCGCGGUUGUUGCAACGAGAAGUCGUUAUUCUUUUUGAAUCAUGCAACAAUCAGACGUUUAUUGGAAGCGUUCUACACCCCAAUGGCAAUAUCGCGGAGGUCUUAGUGCGAGAGGGUCUCGCCAAAUGUGUUGAGUGGAAUCUUAAUUUAGUCAGUGUCCCCGGUGCUUCGGAUGUCUAUCGAGCAGCUGAGAGGAUGGCGAAGGAAAAACGCCUUCGUUUGUGGAGAGACUAUCAACCACCUAUGGUUCAGAUGGAAACUCCUGAGGUUCGUGAUCCUAAUCGCUUAGCUCCAGGAACGACAUUUGUUGGAAAUGUUGUUGAAGUGGGCAACGGUGACAACAUAUCUAUCAAGUGUUCCGACGGCAUAGUGCGCAGGUUCUUUCUGUCCAGCAUUCGACUACCUAGGCCGUCCGUUCCGUCUAAGGACGAAGAGGAAUCUUCGACGGCUCAACGUACUCGGUAUCGCCCUCUUUAUGACGUCCCCUAUAUGUUCGAAGCACGUGAACAACUCAGGGCAUUUGUCGGUAAAUCGGUAACUGCUCAGGUAGACUACAUACAGCCUAAAACGGCGACCACAGUUGAUGAACGGGUGUGCUGCACAGUCCGAUGCGGAAGCACCAACAUUUCCGAGUCUUUGGUCUCUAAAGGUCUGGCUACCGUGAUUCGGUAUCGCAAUGCUAAUGACGCCCGUAGUUCGGCUUACUCGGACCUACUGAAUGCAGAAGAGCAGGCGCAGACAAAGGGACUGGGUUUGCAUAGCAAAAGUGAUCCUCCUGUUCAUCGCGUCGCGGACCUCACAGGCAACUUAGCGAAAUCGCGACAGUUUCUUCCAUUCCUCAAACGAACUCCCCGUUUCAACGCGGUUGUAGAGUUCGUCGUUCAUGCAAGUCGGAUGCGCGUGUUUCUUCCCUCAGAAACCUGUUUGGUUACGUUGUUACUUAGUGGAAUCCAGUGCCCACGAAGAGGAAGACCGAAACCGGACGGCACCGACGAACCGGAUAUGCCGUUCAGUAUAGAGGGCUACAAUCUUGUCAGGGAGCUAUGCAUGCAACGCAAUGUCGAAGUUACCAUCGAAACAAUAGAUCGAGUUGGAAACUUUGUCGGUUGGAUGUUUGUUGACGCUCCACCAAAUGAGAGCAGCGAAACAGACGCGCCCAAGUCCACGGGGAAAAAGAAGAAGAAAGCUAUAGAAGCAGCCAUCUCAAAGACGAAAGCUAAUCUAAGCGUUUUACUGGUAUCUCGCGGGUUGGCUACAGUUCAUCAUGCUCCGGCAACCGAGGCGUCACCCUAUUAUCACGAUUUGGUCAGGGCUGAGGAUGCCGCCAAGGCUGGACGAAUUGGUCUAUGGUCCUCAGAAGAAUUUGUAAAACAGUGGGAAGCAGAACUCAACUCAUUUACCGACUCCGCUAACGCUGACGGAGCUGACGAUGGCCGCAUCUUGAGUGGAGUUUCUGGCUACCUGGACGAUUUGUCUGCUCUCAGUCUUAAUGGUCAUUCAGACGACCAAAUGGAUGAACAUGCAACGAACAAGAUUAAAUGGAAGCCUGCUCAGAUCACGGGUGUGUCAAAUCCAGGUGCGGGUAGUGAAGGUCUUCGGUUUUUCGCGCAGCACUCCGCCGAUUCCGGCACAAUCGUACAAAUAAGUCAUAGUCUAAACGCAAAACAAAGUCCACCACCCCUACCGGGUUACCAACCUAAAAAGGGCGAGCUGUGCGCCGCUUGCUUCAGUGUGGAUAAUUGUUGGUAUAGAGCUCGUGUUGUCCGAUGCAGCCCAAAAUCAAUCACAGUCAUGUUUAUCGACUUCGGUAAUGAAGAAACAGUUGACCUAGCCGACGCAGCUUUUCGUCUUUCCCCACUUCCUCCCGGUCCACUAGUGAACAUCCCACCUCAAGCCCAUGAAUACCGACUAGCUUUCAUUCAACUUCCUCCGGACUCCACGGAUCGGGCAUUUGCUGAACGCGCGUUCGCUGAGCAUGUGGAAAACAAAGAGGUGCUGCUCGCUGAUCAGUUUGGCGCCGUUCCAUGUGCAAACGAAACUAUGAAACCGGUUCCGGGCGUUGCUUUGAAGAUACCUAAUACAGCAGCGGCUGGGGGGUCUUCGGUGUCUGCCUCUGCUUGGAUUGAUGUGGCUCAGCGUCUGUUGGAGGAAGGCUUGGUUUGUGUUGAACCCAUGCGCCCGGAUUUACUUAAACAAGUAUCCCGCGCUACUCUGUCUGGUUAUUUGGAAGCUCAGGCAAAAGCGAAGAAGGAACGGAAAAACGUUUGGCGCUAUGGCGAUUUCCGGGUGGAUCUUGGUGCUUAAACCGUACUCCAGAUUUUCCGUGCCUUACAAUUCGCUGGUCGGUUUACUCAACGCAAUCAGUCACAGCUUCUUCAACCCUACGACGUUUGGUGCUCUUCGUGUUAGUUUUUGUUUUUUUCUUAAACUGCGACUCCAAUGCAAGAGGAUGCACAUCAGUUGCAUCCUCAGCCGAAAAUGCAAUGUUACCUAUUUUCUUUUUUUCUAGUGGAAUUUUGGUCAUUUUUGGCCCGAUGGCCCACUGCUUUCAUCCACAUUUGCUUGCACUUGUGAAUAGCUGUCGGACAUAUCUGGGGUUGUUUGGUGUUUUGCAUAUGUCUGUGAUUUGAACAUCAAUUUGUUUCAUCACGACGGCCUUUGAACAG